AUGUUGCAGAUUCGCCUCUCUCUCUCCCUCCGCACCCCCCUCUCACCUCCCCUCAGUCACUCUCAGAAUAUUGCAAACCCUCCGCCCCACUUCACUGCCACCGCCAAUUUUAGAUACAAUGUCGCAAAUUGCCCACGAUCUAUUUCGGAGACAAUGUUGCAGAUUGGCCGGUCGUCCCCGAUACAAUGUUGCAGAUUCGACGAUCGGCUCCUGUUACAGAUCACCCCGCCCCGUGGCUGUUUUAGUUACAAAUUCCACCCCCUCCCCACAAAGAAAAAAGAAAUCCCCCAGAUCUCUCUUUCUCGCACUCACGUACAAACACGGGGCACGGUGCAGGCUUGGCCCCCGCGGAACGCCCCAAACCCCCUGUUCCUGUCCGUCUUUCGCUGGGACACACACAGCUCCGGGCCGAGUCACCCAACUCAGGAGUUUGAUCAGAUGAUAGUCUUGUUACAUUUUGAUACCUUACUUCGUUUUAAAUCCUAUUGCUUUCUCAAUUGUGUUUAUUUAAUUCUCUCUCUCUCUCUCUCUCUGGACUCGAUCGUUUAUGAGAUGUUCCCCGUUUUUUUUUGGCGGCUGGCGGCUCUCUUCCGGGAAAUUUCAGAUUACACACUCGGCAAAAUAUGCGCAUUCGGAGGCUGCGACCGCCCAGGCCCGGGGGGGGGGGUGGGGGAGGUCGGCGCUGAUCCCACAGCCAGGGGCCCGGGCGGCGAAAGUUCGAGCCUCCCGGCCCCCGAGAGGAGUUUUGACCGCCUUCCCUUCCCUCCGGAGGGGUCAGCUCACCCGGCGAAGUCGGGGGACGGCCGCCAGGGUGCGCACAGCAAGAUCCCACAAAUAGAAGCCGGGAGGGGUGGGGGAGAGAAGGUCGGCGCCAUUGAACGGGAGAACUUUGUGUGUGUGUGUGUGUGGGCAAAAGGAACAGGCAUUUCGGCCCGCCGAGUCUGUACCUAUUUACACCGGCCCCGUUUUAUUCUCCCCCCCCCCGACCCCCGGCACUCUCAUCGGAAAACCAGGGGAGCUUAAAGAAGGCCCCAGCAGAACAGGUGACAGCGAAUCUUGAAGGAUUCCUACAGGUUGUUUGUUUCGUGGCUGUCCGUAAGCAGACAAAUCUCAAGCUGUAUAAAGUAUACAGUAUGGAAGUUGUCCUGUCCAAGACCGGAAGAAGCUGCAGAAGAUCGUGAACACGGCGCAGCGCAUCACACAAACCAAUCUCCCGUCCUUGGACUCACUUUACACCGCACGCUGUCGGAGCAGUGCUGCCAGGAUAAUCAAGGACACGACCCACCCAGCCAACACAAUUUUCGUCCCUCUUCCCUCCAGGAGAAGGCUCAGGAGCUUGAAGACUCGUAUGGCCAGAUUUGGCGACAGCUUCUUUCCAGCUGUGAUAAGACUGCUGAACGGAUCCCAACCUGGAUCUGGGCCGUACCCUCCAAAUAUCCAGACCUGCCCCUCGGUUUUUUUGCACUACCUUACUUCCAAUUUUUCUAUUUAUGAUUUAUAAUUUAAAUUUUUAAUAUUUACUCAUUUUAACUAUGUUUAAUAUUUAUAAUAUUUAAUAUUUGUAAUCCAGGGAGUGGGAAGCACAGAAUCAAAUAUCGCUGUUAUGAUUGUACGUUCUAGUACCAAUUGGUUGGCGACAAUAAGGUAUAAAGUAUAAAUACUUCAAGAAUAAAUAAACUUUG